AUGACGAAUAUACAUAGACUUACAGACAUGAUGCAGCUAGUAAGACAGGACCUUGUGUGCUCGCUGGGGUUUGUUUUGCUAGCAUUUCCUGUCGUCUGCUAUUCUUCAACAUAUCUGAAAGGACAAAAAGAAUUUAGAAAUGGAUCAGUGAAGACCCUUGCGGUUUCUUUAAUUGGAAAUAUCUUUGUUGUUACUAAUGACAGCAUUUUCCAGUUCCAAAAUGAUAGUAUUUCACAGGACGAUUUACAAUCUGAAAUUGACAUAACCGGAGAGAUUUCAAUUUUCAAGCUUUUCAAAUACCUAGGCGAAGAAUACUUAUUGCAGUGCAAUUAUACGUCAUGUAACACAUACAAUACCACUAACAUUUCACAGUUCAGACCAGUUCAAACAUUCGAUGAGACUUUGGCGGGAUCUUCUUUAGGGGGAGAGCAUUCGGCGCAAGUUGUCUUUGUACCUUGCAAAGAGUCUGACGAAUUCUGUUAUCUUUUCUCAGCUAUCAGCGGAAGCGGAGAUGUGGAAACAUUUUCGGAGCGUUCAUUGUACAAGUACAAAGGUGAAUUACAUAUAUUCCAUAGACAGCAGGACGUAGGCCAUCAUUACAUCAAAUCCAAACCGGAUCAAAAAUUUGAAUUCAUAUAUUCAUUUUAUUCAAGAAACGGUUUCGUGUACUUUCUGAGGAACUCAUUGACUUCUGACGGAAGGAGUGUAGCAUACAUUAGUCAAAUGUGUUCAAAGAAGAGUCAUACCUACUUCCGGUCAUAUAUGGAGAGCAAGCUAGAAUGCAAUGAUUACACAACCCUAAUAGCGGCAUUGCAUGUCCAGACGCAAACGGAAGAUUUUUUGUUAGCAUCUUUUAGCGGAUCGCAGACGAAAUAUCCUGGUUCUAUCUUGUGUAAGUUUUCAAUGGACGCCGUAGAGAAUUACUUUGCUCAUGAACAGCGGGAGUGUUUUGACGGAAAGAAAGGCAGUUUCCCGCGUUGGAUACAGCCACCUGGAGAAUCAUGCGCCGAAAAAGUGAACUUACUUAAUAUCGAGUGUGGUUAUAGGGACAAAAACACGCGCAUUGUUUUUGAUGGUUCGUUAAAAAGCUCCGAUAAGACAGUCCUUUCUAAACCAUCAGAAAGGAUCACAUCAGUCGUAGUUACACCCUACAGAAACAUCUUCGUCGGAUAUCUCGGGACUGACUCAGGCUUUUUGGAAAAGAUUUUAUUCAACUCCUCAUUUGGGAAUUCAGUCACGGUUUUUCGAUCAUCUGUUUCCAAAGGUCAUGGACAAAUCAGAAGUCUGACUUUAAGCAGUGACGGAAGCAGUUUGUUUUAUAUUGAAGACACAAAAGUGAAGUCUCGACUAUAUAUGAUAAAGACUGGCGAUUGUGAGGUACAUACUACUUGCUAUGGAUGUCUGAGCGACAUACUCUCCUGCAUCUGGCAGCAAGAGCUGUAUGAUGGAGUACAACCUUCCAGUGGAAGGUGUAUUUCGCAUGAAACACGUGUAGGAAAAACAGCUGUCGUCAGUUCAUCUUGUCCGCCGCUGGUUCAUCACGUUCAACCGAAUAAAGGACCAACUAGUGGCGGAACUGUGUUGACGUUGACUGGCUUGAUGGACAAUCCAGCUCGAUAUGGAAAAAAUAGCCAGAACGAUUGGGUACCAAUCAGCGUCAUUAUUGAUGGUGCGACGUGCAAUAUCAGUAACGUUACACAGUUUCCUGAAAGACUGGAGUGUAAAACACCCAUGACAAAAACAGCAGGAGCCUUCCGCAUUUCAUUAGAAAUGCACAAUAACGUCACAAAUACUUCUAUUCGGGACAGAUUUCAAACAAUAGUGUCCAAAGGUCAGGCCGACUAUCAACCAGAGUUUGUUUACUCGGAUCCCGUGCUGUUUGGUCGCGGAGUAGUCUAUAAGAGUGUAAAACUGUCAGGGAAUAUACAACUGACUAUACGCGGGAAAAAUCUUGACAUUGGCAGUAAGAGACGCGUACUUAUUGGUGGUCAUGAUUGCCCUAUCACUGAAUUUGACAGAAUCGAGGACAAUAAGAUAACAUGUCGUAUUCCGAAACGAAAUGAUACUAGAAAUUACACGAUAGUUUAUGAGGUUGACAAUACUCGAGUGUUUCGUCCGGUGGUAACCUACACGCCUGAACCUGUAGUCCACGACAUACAACCUAGAUCAUCUAUAGUAAGCGGAGGUUUGACACUGACCUUAUCAGGCGAAAAUCUAGAAGGGUUUGGACAAAAUUGUCAGCUGAGUCUGGACGACAACAACAUCACUGAAAUGAAUGUAAGUUUCUGUGAGAUUGCUUACGAAGCAACUGAUGCCGUUUUAUUGUGUAAAACAACAGCGUUUGACAGUUUGAAUAGCCUCCCAUUUUGGACAGUUCCAACUUUGUUUAAUGUUUAUGGAAAGCUGCGAACGAUCGACCGACUCCCGGUUCUUAUUGUAGAAGAUCCUGUCAUGGAUCGCGACGACAAAAUCAUCCCGAUCUCAGUAAAUACAAAUCAAACAGACAUUUAUUUUAAGGGGUCAAUGUUAGCAAAUAUUAGCAAACAUGACGUCAGAAUAUCAAUUGGCAUAACCAGGUGCGUUGUUAAUGAAGUACAGGAAGACGGCAUACUGUGUGAAGUGUUUGAUCUUCUUGUGUCUGCCACAGAUGGGCUAAAGAAAAACGUCAAGUGUGAAAUAGGGCACCGGUCCUACGACUUAGGCACAGUUGCGUUCAAGACUAAUCAACAGCCACGUCGCCCUCCUGUCAAAGCUUUAGUAGUCGCCGGCGCAGUCAUUCUCGGGCUAUUUGUUAUCGCCGUCGUCGGCAUCGGAAUAAAGAAAAUUAUAACCAAAAGGCACGGAUCUCUAGAUGAGCCAUACACCGUCCAAUAUCGAGAGCCAUUCCUCUGAUGCUAUACAGGAUGGACAAAAUGGUAUCGCAUUAUGCAGUAAUGUUGGAAUUAGGAUCCGGAAGAAAGGCCAUUAUUUGGAGAUCUGACCAUCAAAAUCCCUGAGUUUAUCAGGAAACUAGAGAGAGCAUCUGAGGUACGAAAACAACUAGAAACAAGCUAUCAUAUAAACAUUUAGACAGUAGUUUUUGAUACGCAUGGAAACCUCUAUAUAUUGUAUAAAUAUAGGAGCACUUCUUCCGGCAAAACUGUAAUUUUUCAUUUCAUUAUGUCUGUCGAGGUGGUUGAUUGAAUCUUGAACAAAGUAUAAUGUGGUUGAAACUUUAAAGAAUGACUAUGAACAUUUAUUGAAAUCCUCGGAAUAUGCUAGUGUAUUUCCCUUGAAUUUUAAAUGUGUAAGUUCAAAAUCAUUUCACACCUUUCUACGUUCAUUUUAUUGUUUCAGUAUAUUAGGAAACACACCUUUAUAUCCGAAUUGUUUAUUUUCUUGCUUUUUCUUUAAUUCUGCCAACACAUGUUUAAAUUAUGUAUGUAAAUAUAUACGUACUUUUUAUUUUGUGACAAAAGAAUAUCAUAGACAGAAACUAUUUCUGAAUGUUACAUAGAAGGAAAGUCUCCACAGCUUUUAUGAAUAUAGUCUAAAAUAGUGGUAAGUAGGAAUUUAAUAAAAGGUUUGCAUUCAAAUCUGAAAGACAUUUAUUUCAAAACUUAAACUUAGUUCAAUUUUAGUACAAUCAUUCUGAUUCCUUAAUUUUUUCAGUGAAUCAGCGAAAAUAUAUGAGUGAAAUUUUGUGAUAUCCCUCCACAACCAUAAGUUUCAAAAAUACGAGUGACAGCUGAAUGUCACAUCCACGUUUAUUAACGUAGGCCUGACAUCUGCUGAUAUUGUUUUCUUUACAUGAACUGUAUAUGUAACAAUAUUAUAUACGGGGGCCUAGUAUAAUAUUCGGUAUUUACUGUCAAGUCCUGUCCGUCCUCCGUUCUACCGUCGUCCAUUAUAUCUUUAAAAUUCAUGUCCUUAACUACCUUGCCAGUUUCAACCGAACUUUAAAGGAGUUUUUCUUUUAUGGUCCUCUUUCAUUUUCCUUCAGAUAUAGGUCAUCCUUGCAGAUUUAUCUUAAACGUUUUAGAAAUAAUUUUACAGCAAUGUAUCGGAGGUGAACCAUCAUUGCUUACAUUCAGCUUAUUCGAUUUUGUUGAAAAACAUGGCCGCUAGGGCAUGGGGCUUAUUUUCUCUUGGCUUGGCUGGCCUUUUACAAAAGUACACACUAGAUAUCAAACCUAAUACUGUUUAUGACAAAUAAAUGUGUUAAAUUUUAUUUUUAUGAACUGUAUAUAGUAAUUGUUCAGCCAAAUCUAGUAUGCAUUUAGGUCAAAUAAAAGGACGUUUCGGGACUGCGUAAGACGCUUUUAGAUAUCCAGCUAUGAAGAUAAGAUCAUAAAAUAAACCAACCCAUUAAGACGAACGAGUAUGCAUGCUAGUAUACCUUUAACCAUAGUGCGAGAGUGGAACCUUCUCAUUGCUAAAAGAUGCUUAUUUCCUUGUUUUAUUCCAGGUCUAUAGUGUGUACGUAGAACAUAUAUGACAAGUGUAGGCUUUUAUUUUGGCAUAUUAAAGUUCUUGUGUAUGACGUUA